AUGAACCAAACAAUCGAUAUUGCCAAAGCCGAGUUCUCCAAGCUCCAAAGCGGGAACGGUGACGCCCAAGUCGACAGCUCCGCCCAGGGCAACGACGAAGCCCCAUCAGUCAGCGCAUACGGCCAGCCAGGUCAGGCGGGGCAAUAUGGCCAGGAAGGGCAGUAUGGCGCUGUGAGGGGUGCAGGGUUCGGAGGGGGGUUGGCCAAGGGUUCGGACGGGCAGCCGCAGGGACAAGGGCAGCAGCAGGGGGAGAGGAAACACAGGGCUAGUAUCUAUGAGGGUAUGGAGCAGGAUGACAGUACCUCGACAGGCGGCUACGGUCGCAACGCCAAGGGCUCCUCCUUCUCCCGCGCAAACCAGAUGGGCACAGACGAGUCCCCUGCGGUCUUCGGUGACGAUGAUGAGGAUGACUCGCACGGUCAGGGGUACAAGACAGGUACGAGCACGCCGGGAUACAGGCAAGAGGGCGAUGUGGAUCACGAAGCCGCCGAGAACCGAAUCAAGAACCAGAACGUAUACGGCCAGCAGGCGGACGACAGAGGAGCGAAGGGCAAUGACUAUAACGAAGCGGCGGACUCGUCCCCCCGUAUCUAG